CUGCUGCGCUUGUUGACAGCUUCCGGCGCGCUCUUCCGCUCUGUUGUGCGCGUGAGUGUCAGAUCGCGAUUAUUAGUUAUUGAUUAUUGUAAUACCAGUCUCUAACAUCGACGACUUCAGCGGCAGCUGGACUCGACCUCAGCGCUGAACAUGAUUAAAGCUAUUCUGAUCUUUAAUAAUCAUGGCAAACCCCGGAUGUCGAAGUUCUACGAGCAUUAUACCGAAGACACAGAGCAGCAGAUCAUCAGAGAAACCUUUCAUCUGGUGUCCAAACGAGACGAGAACGUCUGCAACUUCCUGGAGGGAGGACUGCUGAUCGGCGGCUCGGAGAACAAGCUGAUCUACAGACACUACGCCACGCUGUACUUCGUGUUCUGUGUGGAUUCGUCCGAGAGCGAGCUGGGCAUUCUGGACCUGAUCCAGGUGUUCGUGGAGACGCUGGAUAAAUGCUUUGAGAAUGUGUGUGAGCUGGACCUGAUCUUCCACCUGGACAAGGUGCACAACAUCCUGGCGGAGAUGGUGAUGGGGGGCAUGGUGCUGGAGACCAACAUGAGCGAGAUCAUCACACAGGUGGAGGCGCAGGGAAAGAUGGAGAAGUCUGAGGCUGGGAUCGCAGGGGCUCCGGCUCGUGCCGUGUCGGCCGUCAAGAACAUGAACCUGCCAGAGAUGCCCAAGAACAUCAACAUCGGGGACAUCAGCAUCAAAGUGCCAAACCUGCCGUCGUUUAAAUAGUGACCGCUGCACACGAGUGUGAGACUGUGUUCACCAGACUCCAGCAUCAGAUGAUGAACGCACUGUGUGACGCUCGCUAUCAAGUAUUUAUUUGAUUCUCUUGUCCCCUGUGUGUGUGUGUGUGUGUGUGUGUGUGUGUGCAUGACUGAGAGUGAGUGUGUGUGUGAGAUUGAGUGUGAGUGAGUGUGUGAGACAGUGUUGAGAGAGUUUGUGUGUGUGAGCGCGAGUGUGUGUGUGUGAGUGUGUGUGUUUGAGAGAGUGUGAGUGAGUGUGUGUGUUUGAGAGAGUGUGAGUGAGUGUGUGUGUGAGUGUGUGAGAGAGAGAGAGAGUGUGUGUGUGUGUGUGUGUGUGAGAGAGAGAGUGUGUGUGUGUGUGUGUGUGUGUGAGAGAGAGAGAGUGUGUGUGUGUGUGUGUGUGUGAGAGAGAGUGUUGAGAGUGAGUGUGUGUGUGUGUGAGAGAGUGAGUGUGUGUGUGUGUGAGAGAGUGAGAGAGUGAGUGUGAGUGAGUGUGUGUGUGUGAGAGAGUGAGAGAGUGAGUGUGAGUGAGUGUGUGUGAGUGUGAGUGAGUGUGUGUGUGUGUGUGUGUGUGUGAGAGUGUGUGUAGCGCUCUCUACAUUACUCCUGACAAACAUUCCAGUCUGGAAACAUCUCAAUAAAUGAUGCUGUAUAUGUCUAUAUGACGAGUGUAUUCAGAGUAUAUUUAUAUGAUUUGUCUCUUCUCUUCUCGUGUGCUGGUCGUUCUGCUUUGGUUUGUAAUGCUGCUUCUAUUUCCUUUCGCAACAAAAUAAAGGAUCAAAGUAUUUUCUUCUCUAA